UUGUCACGUGACUGAUUUUUAUAUAGUCGCUGGUUGUUGGCUGCUCGUAUCGAGUUUGUAUAAAUGAAUUUAUCCCGCACGUGUUUUCAAAAUAUAAUUUGUGUAUUCUGAAGGAAAGAUGCAGGUUUCCGCACCAAAUAAUAUAAAAAUUUACAACCUUAGCGCUGGGAAAUCUCUUCCCGAGUGGUUGUCCGAGCGAAAGAGAAGAAGUUUAUCAAAGAAGAAUAUCGAUGUACGACGACGUAUCGACCUUAUACAAGACUUUGACAUGCCUGGUGUGAGCACAUCUCUUAGGGUAUCCAAAGAUAAGCAGCAUAUUCUUGUAACAGGCAUUUACAAACCACGUAUAAAGUGUUUCGAUGUUCAUAAUUUGGCAUUGAAAUUCGAGAGGUGUUUCGAUUCUGAGGUGGUCACUUUUGAAAUACUAUCAGAUGAUUAUAGUAAAUUAAUAUUUCUACACUGUGAUCGUCAUGUUGAAUUUCAUGCUGCUUAUGGGAGAUAUUAUAGGCUCAGAGUACCAAACUUUGGAAGAGAUCUAAAAUACCAUUAUCCAUCAUGUGAUACAUUUAUUGUAGGCGAUAGUAAUAAGAUAUAUAGAAUAAAUCUUGAACGUGGUCAAUUUCUGCAACCAUUUGAAACGGAAGCGACAUCAAUAAAUAAAUGUGAAAUAAAUCCAUUGCAUCACUUACUCAUAGUUGGCACUCAGGAAGGAAAAGUCGAAGCUUGGGAUCCAAGAGUAAGGAAUAGAGUGGGUGUACUUGACUGUGCCUUACACUGUAUUACUCAAAACAACCUAGAAACAGUUCCUGCUAUCACGGCAUUGAAAUUUCAAGGAGGUUUGAAUUUAGGGGUUGGCACUUCAACAGGACAAAUACUAUUGUUUGACAUAAGAUCUAGUAAACCAUUUUUGAUUAAAGAUCAUAUGUAUGAUUUGCCAAUUAAAUCUAUAGAAUUUCAUCAAAAGAUGGAUCUUGUUUAUUCUAUGGAUAGUUCCAUUGUAAAGAUAUGGGAGAAGGAUACUGGAAAAAAUUAUACUUCCAUAGAGGCUCAAUAUGACUUUAAUGAUUUGUGUGUUAUACCAAAUACUGGAAUGCUCUUGAUGGCUAACGAAACUAAGAAGAUGCAAGUAUAUUACAUUCCCAGUCUUGGUCCUGCCCCUUAUUGGUGCAGUUUUCUCGACAAUAUUACAGAAGAAUUAGAAGAAUUGAAUUAUGAUAUUAUUUAUGAUGAUUACAAAUUUGUAACUGAAAAGGAAUUGGACGAAUUAGGUCUUUCACAUUUGAAAGGCACUAAUCUACUUAGAGCUUAUAUGCAUGGUUACUUUGUAGACAUACGAUUGUAUAGAAAAGCAAGAGAUGUAAUGAAACCAUUUGAAUUUGAAGAAUACAAGAAAAGAAGAAUCCGCGAGAAGAUUAAAGAGGAAACUGUUAGCAGAAUACAGGUACAAAAAUUACCAAAUGUGAAUCAAGAAUUAGCAUUGAAACUAAUGGAUAACACAAACAUUAAAAACAAGAAAAAACAAGCAUCUUCUAAUUUACUAAAAGACGAGCGAUUUAAAGCUCUCUUCAGCAAUCCUGAAUUCCAAAUUGAUAAGAAUUCUGAGGAAUAUGCUUUGUUAAAUCCUGUCGUUUCUCAACUUGAUAAAAAUAAAGCUAAAAAAUUAAAGCAACAAUUGGCACAAGAGGAAGAGGCACAAGAUAAACCUGAUGAAGAUGAACCUCAAGGUAAUAGUUCGGAUGAAAGCUUUAUACAUGAUAGUCCUGACGAUGAUAGUUCAGAUGAUGAUAAAAUGUGGGUUAAAGAAGUGCGAAAGAAUUAUCGAUCAAUAAAAAGAAAUCAAAGAGAGGAAGAGCAAAAUAGUGAUGACGAAGAUAAUGAUGCAACUACAAAGAAUGAAACGAAAUUAGAUAAAAUUAAGAAUGAUGUAAAGUUCCAGGAGGGUGGACUGGAGAAAAAGAAACAGAACAAAGCGACAUUUGGCGAGAGAUUAGAAAAUGAAGAGAUACAUAAUGUUAAAGUGUCUGGUUCACGUGGUAGUAGAGAGAUGACUUUCGUCGUUGGAAAGAGAAAACGACCCGCAGAAAUAAAACAUCAUCGGAGAGAAUACAACGUGUUACGACCUGCAAGAAGUAUUUUCAAAAAGAAAUAUUAGUGUUUACAAAUUAACGCUUAAAUCUUUUUGUAAAU